AACUCUAGUUACCAGUCCUCUCUCACUCCGAAAUCCAAGAUGGCGGCUGCGGGUGAAAAUAUUAUAGAUUUGAAUGAUGAUGAAAAAACUUCCCUAAGAGUAACUGCCUUCUUGGAUAACACGCUAGGUAGUGAUGUAUCAGACCUUGGAAAAGUGGCGAAAUUGCUUGAGGAAUCUGAGCUCAAGAGAAAAGCUAUAGAAAAAAGGCUGAAUAAUGCUGAACACAACACACCAAAACAAAUUCAAGAAACUCUACAAAAUGGUGAGAUGGCUAUGAAGACAUUGAAUGCUCUCUUGGGGCAGAAAGAUGACAUGGUGACAUCUUCAGAGACUCACAGCAAAAAAAUCAAGGAUCUGGCAAUACAUCUUUCACAACUGGUUGAUCAAGUGUCAGAUAUCCAGAGAUUCCAAUCAUACAUUAGCUGGAUUGAGAGGCUGCAGGAGAUAAGUACUAACAUUCAAAAGCACCUUGAUGGAGGCCUCCUAGGGUCUGCAGUGGAAGAGUUUACCUCACUCGACACCAUUUCACAGUUAUUAGACAGCUCUUCAUGCCUAAAUCUCAAGACAUUUGCAAGAAAUACGCAGAAGCAUUGGUAUCAAGUGCUGGUAGAAAAUUUAUCAAGUGAAUUUGAUGAGAUCACUAAGAUGCUCAAGUGGCCGUUCACCUCUCAGUCUACUGCCCCGCCCUUGUCGACUAAAUCUGACACCUUCACAAGACUUGAGCGCAUCUUUCUACUUCUUCUAAAAUUACAAAACUUUAAAACCCCCUCAAAUGAAGGCUCUGAGAGUACAGAGAAGGAAAGAGAACUCCCUUUACCCUUAGACUGGCUUCUUAAACCUCUCAGGAAACGAUUCAAGUUCCAUUUUUAUGGCAAAAAGCAGACCAAUAACUUGGAAAAGCCUGAAUGGUACUUUACACAGAUUCUUAACUGGAUAAAAAGUCAUGGGGACUUUCUUCAGCAUACUGUACAACCAGUACUUGAUAAAGCAGAGCUCAGCUUUAUUGACGCUAAGUUGGAGUUUAUCCGUGGUCUAUUAGCUGUCACCACAGAAAAGAUGAUUCACAGCCUGCCUGAGUUAUUGGCUGAUGAAGCUGUAUUCUCACACUUUGUGGAUGAGACCCUGCUGUUUCAUAAAGAGCUCCAUGAGCUGUACAACUAUCCACUGACUGACCACAGCUGCUUGAAGGUCCUCACAAGAAAGCAGUGCUUGGGCAAGUGGGUGGAACUGGAGAGAAAAUAUGCAAUAGAGAACAUGGAGUCAUUGCUAGCUUCUGAAAAUGCAUGGAGGCCAAAGUAUGAAGACGUUGAGUGCGGAGCUGAUGAGAUGCGUGCCCCUGAGUGUGCAGAAGGCUUUAUCACCAUUCUCACUGUCAUGACAGAUCGCUAUAGGCACCUCCCAGGCCUAGAUGAGCAGAGCCGGUUUCUUGCCGUUCAGCUGGACCUUCUGAAGGAUUUCAUCACCCUGCUCUCGCUAACAGCAGAAGAAAGUGCCAGCAACCCUGUGGAUGCUUGCUUCAUUUCUGUACUGAAUGCAACAAGCUACAUAGGGUUUUUACUUGAAGACUGGAACGAUCAGACGCUUUUCUUACAGCUACAUGGAUAUUUUAGCUCUGAGAACGAUAGUGGUGACUGUGGCGUUUUUGAUGAGCCAUUAAAAUCGCUGUGCGAGUUGCAGAAAUACAUGAGUGGGCUGAUUGUGGAAGAUGUGGUCAAAGGAUUCAGAGCAAAAUGCAAGGCGUACAGAAAAGAAAGAUGGCAUAGCCUUCCAUCGCCCAAGGAGCUAGCUGUUAUGGUCUUGUCGUCCGGAGCAUGUGACUUCUUGGUGUACCUCAAGGAUCGAUUGAACACACUCCAAAAGCUGCUUGCAUAUAAACUCUUCUCUGCACUAUGGGUGGAUUUGGCGCGGGCACUCAACAUGCUUAUUUACCAAGAGGUUAUUCAAGAGUGCAGGUAUAACGAGGGAGGCGCAGCUCAGCUUCAGUUUGACAUGAAGAAUCUUUUCACUCUGUUCGGGGAGUACACCCAGAAACCGGAGAACUACUAUAAGGAAGUCAAAGAGUGUUGUAUUCUACUGAAUCAAAUGCCAGGGUCCGCAAUCCUCCUAAUAGAGAGCUUACAGGCUGCGCAUGCGCAUGACGAGAGCACGAACGCACCACAGGCAACCCUGAACGAAAUGGGAGUCUACAAGCUGUCGUCCCAUGAUGCACUACGCAUCCUCAACCUGAGAAUUAAUUGGCCGAAGGCGUAACCAUUAGGGAUGUCGGGGAAAAAAAUCAGAAUUUUAUUAUUAUUGCGGAAAUCAAUUAUGAUAUUUAUUAUGAAUUAAAUAUAAAUUUUAUCAGCAGUGACGUGACAUUUAUUGGUAAAAAUGAUGUGUCUAACUGUUUUACUGGUGGAGUUUACUAGACUUCAUUUGCGCGGAGCAUUUGUCAUUGUUUUCUCACAAAUCCAAUUGAUGACUAGGCUCGAUUUCCAGCCGUCGCUAGACCUUAUCGGCCCCACUAACGCCUUCAUCAAUGGUCACACACGUUUGUCCGUGACGUCACUUCCGAUAUUAUGCAACUUCUUCGCAUCUAUUCGUGCUAAAAAACACCCAGAAACACUCGAAAAUGUAAACUUCUUUGCUCUAUUCGCGCUAUAAAACACCCAUAAACACUCGAAAAGGUAAACGAAUACGAGGAAGUGCGAAAUUAGCGUUUCAAAGCCCAACAUAGCUCGCUAAAAUGUAAGAAAUAAAUGCCAACAAAAGAUAUGUCAUGAAAUACACAUCGUCAGGCUGUCAAACAUGCAAGAUGUCAUGCAAGUGUCGAUAAGGUGAGACAGAAUGGUCACGUGAUGUAUGACGUUAUCGAUGACGACAUCCAAACAUUUAGCUUCGGUAGGCGUUUAGGCAGACCGAACAGAUAGUAACGUGAUGUGCGACUUCAUCGAUAGCGACACAAGCAGUCAUAAUUAUUUUUGGACAAAAAUAAUCAAAGUUCUGGUUUGGGGCUCUGCUUUUAGGCACUGCCUUAAGUAAUCUGGUAAACAAGAAGAAUUUGAUUUUUCUAAGAGACAAGGAAGAUUUAGCGACA